CUCUCUCUCUCUCACACACACACGCACAACACCGUUUAAUAAAACACAUGUUAGUACGUAAGAGCAAUAAAGCGCUGUGGGGGCAAAAACAAUAAAUUGAAUAUACAAGCAGUCCGUUCGGAUAUUGAAACUCGAAAUUGACAACCUCGAGAAAACAAUAAUUACACAAACCAAUUUAACCCACACACUCUGUCACAAAAAACAUUCAGCGGCAGCCAAGCCAACUAGAUAAUGGAGAUGGAAGCAAGCACCGGUCGCCACUCGGUGGCGGCGCCGCCACGCCGGAGCACCGUCCGGAAGCUUAAAACGCGGCUGAAGGAGACGUUUUUCCCAGACGAUCCCCUCCGGCAGUUUAAGGGGCAAUCUUGGAAAGUAAAAUUGCUCCUCGCCUCUCAUUACGUAUUCCCGAUACUCGAGUGGGGCCCUAAGUACAACCUCAGCCUCCUCAAAUCCGAUGUUGUCGCUGGUCUAACUAUUGCCAGCCUGGCAAUACCUCAGGGCAUUAGUUACGCAAAGCUCGCUAAUUUGCCACCAAUUCUUGGUCUAUAUUCAAGUUUUGUGCCUCCACUAAUAUAUGCUGUGCUUGGGAGCUCAAGGGAUCUUGCAGUGGGCCCAGUUUCGAUUGCGUCCUUGAUAAUGGGAUCAAUGUUGAGACAACAAGUUUCACCAACUAAUGACCCCAUUUUGUUUCUUCAGCUGGCUUUCACUUCAACUUUCUUUGCAGGGCUUUUUCAAUCUUCUUUGGGCUUCCUAAGGCUCGGAUUUAUUAUUGACUUUCUUUCAAAAGCAACGCUCAUAGGAUUUAUGGCGGGUGCGGCAAUUAUUGUUUCCCUUCAGCAGCUAAAGAGCCUUUUGGGGAUUACGCAUUUUACCAAACAGAUGGGAAUUGUUCCUGUUUUGACCUCUGUUUUCCACAACAUACACGAGUGGUCGUGGCAAACUAUACUGAUGGGCUUUUGCUUCCUGUUCUUCCUUCUUCUGACAAGACAUAUAAGCAUGAGGAAGCCAAAGCUAUUCUGGGUGUCGGCCGGAGCCCCUCUACUCUCUGUCAUCAUCUCAACAUUGCUUGUUUUCGCAUUCAAAGCUCAAAACCAUGGAAUUAGUGUAGUGAGUGUUUUCUCAUACAUUGGGAAAUUACAAGAAGGGUUAAAUCCUUCUUCAUGGAACAUGCUGCAUUUUCAUGGUAACUAUUUGGGACUCGUAAUCAGAACCGGGCUUGUGACCGGCAUCAUUUCACUCACGAUAACUCUUUUGCGAAAAUCCAUUAUGCUUGCAUUUUUACGAAAGAUAGAUUUUGGAAAACAGGAAGGAAUUGCGGUCGGAAGGACUUUUGCGGCACUAAAGAACUACCAAGUGGAUGGAAACAAAGAGAUGAUUGCAAUCGGGCUAAUGAACAUAGUCGGAUCAACUACCUCUUGCUAUGUAACAACCGGCGCAUUUUCACGGUCGGCCGUGAACCACAAUGCAGGCUGCAAAACAGCACUCUCCAACAUAAUAAUGGCAGUGACUGUGAUGGUGACCCUCCUUUUUCUAAUGCCUCUUUUUCAGUACACGCCAAACGUGGUCUUAGGGGCCAUCAUUGUGACAGCUGUCGUCGGCCUUAUAGACGUCCCAGCCGCCUGCCAAAUUUGGAAAGUAGACAAAUUUGAUUUUCUUGUGAUGCUCUCUGCCUUUUUCGGGGUUCUCUUUAUCUCUGUACAGGAAGGCCUAGCCAUCGCGGUGGGAAUAUCUAUAUUCAAGAUUUUGCUUCAGAUCACGAGACCGAAAACCGCGAUAUUAGGGAAUAUACCGGGCACCGACAUUUAUCGAAAUCUGGAUCAGUACAAAGAAACUGUUAAUGUGCCAGGGUUUUUGAUCCUCAGCAUUGAAGCUCCAAUUAACUUUGCUAAUACCACAUAUCUUAAAGAGAGGAUUACAAGAUGGAUAGAAGAAUACGAAUCGUCACCGGAGGAUGAGAGUGGUAAAAAGAAGUCAGAACUGAAGUUUGUGGUUCUUGAUUUGUCUGCUGUGAGUGCAAUCGAUACGAAUGGAGUUGCAUUUUUCAAAGAUUUGAGGAUGACGAUGGAAAAGAAGCAUCUGGAGCUUGUGCUUGUGAAUCCACUUGGCGAGGUGAUUGAAAAAUUACAGCGUGCAGACAAUGCAAAAGAAUAUGAAAGGGCUGAUUGUCUGUUCUUGACUGUUGGUGAAGCAGUUGCUUUUCACCUCCAAAAUGUUAAGUCAUUCGUCUAAUUACUUAUGAUCAGUGCCCUAUCAAUUACCAUAAUUUUUUUUUUCCCCUUCUUGGCUUUUUCUUAAGAAUAAUAUAAUUUAUUUCCCAUGGUUGAAGAGGAAACAUUUAUUUGUGUGUAAUCAUUUUGUAAUAAAUGGAAAUGUGGAGUCCUUUAUGUGAUAUGUAUGGAUGGUAUCUUUGUUUUGAUCAUGCAAGAUGUGAGGCUAUAAAUCUUAUAAUCAA